AUGCAGGAGCAAUCUGCCGACGCUGCAGGUAAUAGUAGCCCUAGGCAGGAGCGGGAGAGUUCGGGCGGGUGCUGCUUGGUGCGUGGCCCCAUCAUCGUCGGCGCCGGGCCGUCCGGCCUCGCCGUGGCGGCCACGCUGAGCCGGCACGCGGUGCCCUUCACGGUGCUGGAGCGCUCCGACGGCAUCGCCGACCUGUGGACGAACCGCACGUACGACCGCCUCCGCCUGCACCUCCCCAAGGUCUUCUGCGAGCUCCCGCACGUCGGCUUCCCGGCCGACUUCCCCACGUACCCGACCAAGCACGACUUCCUCCGGUACCUCCGCUCCUACGCCGCGCGGUUCGCCGUGUCGCCGCUGUUCGGGCGCACGGUGACGCGCGCGCGGUUCGACGCCGCGGCGUCGCUGUGGCGGGUGACGGCGGUCUCGGCCGCGGACGGCGGCCGGGCGACCGAGUACGCGUCGCCGUGGCUGGUGGUGGCCAGCGGCGAGAACGCGGAGGUGGUGGAGCCCAAGGUGAAGGGGAGGGAGAGGUUCGCCGGGGAGGUGCUGCACUCCAGCGCGUACAGAAGCGGCGAGAGGUUCAAGGGCAUGAGGGUGCUGGUCGUCGGCUGCGGUAACUCCGGGAUGGAGAUGUGUUUGGAUCUGUGCGAGCAUGGUGCAAUGCCCUUCAUGUCCGUCAGGAGCGGGGUGCACGUCCUCCCAAGAGAGAUGUUUGGGACCUCCACUUUCGGCAUCGCCAUGAAACUGCUCAAGUGGCUGCCCAUCAAGCUGGUGGAUAGGUUCCUGCUCCUCGUGGCGAAGAUGGUCCUGGGGGACACGGAGAGGCACGGGCUGCGCCGCCCCAAGCUGGGCCCGCUGGAGAUCAAGAACGUCACCGGCAAGAGCCCUGUUCUCGACGUGGGAGCAUGGUCGCUGAUCAAAUCUGGAAACAUCAAGAUCGUGCCAGAGGUCGAGUCGUUCACCGGCGGCAGCGGGGUGCGAUUCGUGGACGGCAACGAGAUGGCCUUCGACGCCGUCAUCUUCGCCACCGGCUACAGAAGCAACGUCCCUUCCUGGCUCAAGGACGGCGACCUGUUCACGGAGGACGGCAAGCCAAGGGCGGCUCAGGAGCCGAGCAGCAACUGGAGGGGUCCCGACGGGCUGUACUGCGUGGGAUUCUCCGGCCGGGGCCUGCUCGGCGCUGGCGCGGAUGCGCUGAGGGCCGCCGCCGACAUCGCCGGGAGGUGGCAGGCGGCGGCAGCGACCGGCGCCAAGAUCUCCUCCUCGUCGGUGUAG